AUGGGAACUCAAGUUGAAAGAGUUGUAUUAGGUGCACGUAAAGUUGACGAAAGAACUUUUUAUUUUGAUACUUUAUGGAAUAGAUUAUUUUACCAUAGAUUGUUUCAAGAAAAAAGUAAUUUUAAAAAUUUUGAAUUACAAGAUAUAUUAAUACAUUUAAAAAUUAUAUCAUAUCAUAAUAGAGUGCAAGGAAGUACAAUCAAUAUACCUGUUACAAAAGGUAAUCAGGUUAUUACAUCUUUAUUAGGACCUUUAAAAGUAAAAGCGUAUGUUAUAGAAAUAUGUGAUAUUGAUUUAGCAAAGAAACAAGCUGUAACUUUAAAUAAUAUUUUAGUAGAUUUUAAUCUUCAACAUAUUCAAUUUAGAAAAUCUAUAACAGUUCAUUUAGAAAAUGAGAUAAUAAUUGAUUGUUCAAGUUGUCAAUUUGAAUUUGAUAAAGUUAUAUUAUGUUUGGAUUUAAAUCGUUUACGUGUUUGUGUAUUGUCUGAAGAAGAUAAUCAAGCACGUGUAUUUGAUAAAGAAAAUUAUGCGAUGGUUGUUAUUUUAGAUUAUAUGGAUUGGAUGUAUCAAUUUAAAAAAAUAUUGUCAAACAAUAAUCCAAAUAUUAUAGGUCCUCUUGGUGUUGCUUUUAAUGAAAAGACUGGUAAUUCAGGAAUUCCUGGGUUUUUUAGUGGUGGAUAUAUAGAAUUAGUAUAUUUACCAGAUUUAAGACAUGCUUCAACAUUAAAUGCUAUAAUGCAAUUUGAUCAAGAUUGUUGUGAGAAAUAA